AUGCCAAUUCAUGUGGUCCUCAAGCCAAACUCUGAGAAGCUGCAUCUCAUCAACAACCAUUCAGCUGGUUGUUGGGCACUGAAUGCCAUGAUUGAUAAGGAGAAGGUUGGCAUGCAGCCGGAUAAUAUCCAAGAUCUUGGACAGAACCUCCUUGACAUCCACUGCCAUCACAGUGCCAUCCCAGUGUGGCUGUUCAAGUCUGAUGUGAAGAAUGCUUAUCACUUGCUCUUUUUGCAGCCUCUCUGGCAGCUCAAGCAGGUUGUCACUACAACAUCACCUACUGGCAAGAAAGUCUGUCAAAUUGACCAAAAUCUCUGUUUCAGUAGCCAUGGGUCUCUGGACAUUUGGAUGACCCUUAUGGGUCUCAUCAUGUGGAUUGCAAUAUGGCCUAUCAGUAUAGAUGCAGCACUGGUUUACAUGGAUGAUAUGUUUGGCCCAGAUGCUGCCAGUUCUCUAUAUCUCUAUGCUCCAUAUUGCCGCUUGCUUGGUAUUCUGCACUCCAACAGGAAACACCUGUGUGGGCAAGCUCUGCCUAUCAUUGGUUUUCAUGUUGACAUGGUCACAAUCACGAUCACACUGCCAGAUACAUGUCACAUAGAGCCUGUACAUGCCAUCAGAACUUUUACUGCUUCUGAUGAACAUCGGUGUUCACUCUGGCAUCAUUGUGGUGUUUAUCUUCUAGAGGCAUAUGCACGGAAGCUAUCCAACACCCACCUUGCUAUCUACUGCAAUUCAUUCCUGACCAGUUUGAGUAUAUGGUGCCCACAACUUUGCCGCAUUUUUGUGACUGCACAUAUGCCAGAGACACCACUAGGCAUGGGAGCUAACAUUUUUUGGUUUGAGGCAAUCACUGUGCUUGCCGCACUUUGUUGGGUGUCAACUCUUCCUUGUGGGUCAGCCACACUUUGGUUGGCAAUUUUCAUGGACAAUCUCAACACUGUUCAGAUUUUUGACAGUCUCUGUGCAAAGGGGCAUUUUGUGGAUAUCCUGUUGGACAUUUGCUCGCUCAUUAUCAGUGCAUGGCUGUGCAUCAAUCUGCGUGUUUGGCAUGUUCUGGGGGUGAUUAACACCGUCACAAAUGUACUCUCUUGUGGGCUUCACUCUGUUAUUGAACAAUACUGCCCUGACACACCAAUUGCUCUCUUUAUAACCCCCAUGACCCGACACUUUGCACGUGCACUCUGGUCACUCGAUAAACUUAUUCGAGAAUGCGUAAUUGCUCUUGGUUUGCCCUCGACAAGAUAA